AUGUCCGGCCCCCGCAUCCCCCUCAUCCCAGAGCUCCUCGACCUCGUCCUCGCCCACAUCACAGACCCUACAGACCUCUACCACCUCCUCCUCACAUCCCCCGCCAUCUUCGCCCUAGCUGCCCCCCGCCUCUACAGGUCCAUCCCCGUCUCCCACCGCUGCAACCCCUUCUUUGCCACCCCGUCCUCCUCCCCUUCCGCCUCUUCAUAUACCAAAGCGCGCCUGCUGGAGCUCGUGCAGGAAGUCCGGCUCCAAACGCACCAUGAACAAGCUGGUGAGCCUGCUUGGUUCGACAAUUGGGUCGGAGAUCCGCUGCCCAAUCUGGUCACUGUAAAUCUUGUUGAUCACCAGGGCUCCUCGCCUUGCUUGGCCUCCUUGCCCAUCAGCAGCUCCUCUAGCCAGUUAUACGCCAACGCCACUCGUCUUUACAUGCCUCUAGACGACGGCCUGGAUGGCAUACCUUACGCCCAUCUGCUAAAGGCACUCCACAACCUACGCACACUAUGCUGCCUCACCAAUAACAGAGUCGAUCCGUCCAAUAUGUUUAGAGCGUUCGCCGCCGACAAGACGAUGAUAAAUCUCUCUGAACAUUUUCCUCAUCUGACAGACGUCGAAAUCUAUGUCUGGGACAUGUCUUCAAAUGCGAAACUGCGUGAUUCGCACUUGUUGAUCCCAUACCAGGAGCAUGGAGCGAUAGGAUUGAGGGGUUUGAUGAUGGUGAUAGAGGCGUAUGGCUCCGAUCUUUUCUACGACAAAGUUGGCUGGGAAAAUCUGGCAGAAGGGCUCCUCCUGGUGUCCUUUAUAUUCUCCCUCAAGCGCAUACGAUUCUACGGUCUGGAAGAGGGAUUGGGCAGACUGGACGACAGUCAAACCUGGGCCAGGGGUUUCGCAGGCAGUAAGGGUUUCGACCAUCCAACGGGAGAUGAGAUGAAGGCCUCUACAAGGAAGGGUAUCGAUAAUGGGAGGGACAUGGAAGCCGAUGAGCUGCAGCUAUCAACGGCUUUCAACGCCCUGUCUAUCACUCAGCACACGGCGCAAGAUUUCUAUGAUACUUGCUGGGAUGGCAGGCAAGGACAUCACACAAUACUCUACAACGAGUUGACUCAUCCUUCACUGGCACGACAGGGGCUGCUAGCGACGCUCUUGAAGAUGGUGGGAGCGAAGGGGGGCAGCUUUCUGGGUUUGACGGACGCCGAGCUCGUAUGGAUCAUCGAGCAUUAUCAGGAAGGAUUUGAAUGUCGCGAAGAUGAUCGAUGGGGCUUGUUGACUCCCGCGUCUUCCCGCGGCUCCAGCCCCUCCCCUUUGCCUCAACACCCUGCUGGGCACUUUGCAAGCCUGAUUGGAAAUUGAAGACGGGAGAUGUCGUGGAAUGUCUGGCUACUGGC